AUGGGCUCUCUCGCACCCACAUCCACACCCGCCGCCCUAGAUGCCUCCACCAUCAACUUCACCCGCAGCACAACCCUCCGCCCCGUCCCAGAAAUCGGCUCCCCAGAGGAGAAAUCCCACUCCUACUGCACCGACCACAUGCUCACCGUCCGCUGGACGGUCGAAACCGGCUGGCAAACACCCGAAAUCCGCCCCUUCGAGAACCUUAGCAUCCCGCCCACGGCGUCCUGUCUGCACUAUGCUACCGAGUGCUUCGAGGGCAUGAAGGCGUAUCGCGGGUAUGACGGGAAGUUGCGCCUUUUCAGGCCCGAUUGUAACGGGGAGAGACUUGCGAAUAGUGCGGUGAGGACGUCGCUGCCGGGGUUUGGCGCAGGCGAGGUGAAGAAGCUCGUGGGGAGGUUGUUGCAGAUUGAUGGGCCGCGCUGGCUGCCCAAGGACCAACCCGGCCGCUUCCUCUACAUUCGCCCCACGGUCAUCGGCAACGGCACACAACUCGGCGUGCAAGCCCCCAAAGAAGCCCUCCUCUUCAUCAUCGCCGUCCCUUGGCCCGACAUGUCGUCCAAUCCGUCCGGCCUGAAACUCCUCGCCUCCUCGCCGGACACCAUCCGCGCCUGGCCCGGUGGUUUCGGGUACGCGAAGCUAGGCGCGAACUACGGGCCGAGUCUUGCGGCGCACGGCGUCGCCACGGGGCAGGGGUUCGACCAGGUGCUUUGGUUAUUUGGGGAGGAGAGGCAGGUUACCGAGGCGGGGGCUAGUAAUUUCUUUAUUGUGUGGGAGAAUAAGCAGGGGAAGAGGGAGUUGGUGACGGCGUCGUUGGAGAAUCAGUUGAUUCUACCUGGUGUUACGAGGCGGAGUGUGUUGGAGCUUGCGCGGGAAAGACUGGCCUCGGCUUCGGCGACGGGGCUGGCUCCUGUGGAUGUUGUCGAGAGGCCGCUUACUAUUGCCGAGGUCGAGGAGGCGUGGAAGGAGGGCAGGAUCGUUGAGGCGUUUGUGUCUGGGACUGCUUACUUCAUCGCCCCCGUGCAAAUCAUCCGCAAUGGGGACGUCGACAUGAACAUGCUCGAGGCUGGUGUUGAGCGCGCUGGGUACGCCACGCAGAUCAAGGCGUGGUUGGGGGCUAUUAUGUAUGGUAAGGAGGAGCAUGAGUGGGGAUAUGUUAUUGAGAAUGAGGACGGACGUUAG